GCUCCCACUAGAACUACAGCUCAGGAGGCGCGGAGAGGGAGGGCCGAAAUAAAGAAACAAGCAUUUUUCUUUGUAGUUCCGCGGUUUCUGCAAUCCUAACUUUAUUUUCCAGAUUCGGGCGUCUAGCUCCACGCCGGUCCUCGCAGAAGUGUUGCCGGUUCGUCGCCCGUCCAGCAGCAGCAUGUCCAUCGUGCCCCCGAGCCGCUCCAGCGCCGGCUGGCCGCGCGGCGGCUCCGUUCAGUUCGGGAACAAAUACAUGAGCGGGCCCGCCAAGGCGCUGAGCCUGGAGAGGACGAUCAACCUAUACCCGCUAACCAACUACACAUUCGGCACCAAGGAGCCUCUGUACGAGAAGGACAGCUCGGUGGCCGCCCGUUUCCAGAGGAUGAGGGAGGAGUUCGACAAGAUGGGGAUGAGAAGAACGGUGGAGGGGGUCCUCAUCGUCCACGAGCACCGGCUCCCCCACGUGUUACUGCUCCAGCUGGGGACCACCUUCUUCAAGCUGCCCGGAGGAGAGCUGAGCCCCGGGGAGGACGAGGUGGACGGUCUGAAGCGGCUCAUGACGGAGAUCCUCGGGCGUCAGGACGGAGUGAAGCAGGACUGGGUGAUCGACGACUGCAUCGGGAACUGGUGGCGCCCCAACUUUGAGCCCCCGCAGUAUCCGUACAUUCCGGCUCACACAACCAAACCCAAGGAGCACAAGAAGCUGUUUGUGGUUCAGCUCCAGGAAAAAGCGCUGUUUGCGGUCCCUAAGAACUACAAGCUUGUGGCCGCGCCCCUCUUUGAGUUGUACGACAACGCCCCCGGCUACGGACCAAUCAUAUCCAGCCUCCCGCAGCUGCUGAGCAGGUUUAACUUCAUCUACAACUAAGAGAGGAACGUUCAUCUGACGCUGUCUCUGUGAGCACAGCUGUUAUGGAUGUAGUUCAAGAGGAUCUGGUGGUUUGGAAGAACACUGUUCAUCACUGAAGGACUGUCCCAGCAGCUCUCCCCCUCACUGGGUGGACGGGACUGCACUGGGCUCCGCUGGGGAUGGAGAGGAGAUAUGGGCCGGGGAAUUUGUGUUUGUUUUUUACAAAAAAAAAAAUAAUGAUAUUUUCUAUCUUGUUUCCUUAUCCCAAUGCUACAAAUUCAUUUUACUCAAAAGAUUUGUCUGAUUAAAAAAGAAGAAACAGCUGCAACUUUGAGUUCCUUGUUUUAACCUGUGAUGAUGUAAGUGUUUUUUUUAUUUUAAUAAAACAGUUUGUUAAGAGGAAUAA